AUGGCUGCUGGGAAAUAUCAAGAAUCCUACUCUUCACGGUUUUCUAAUUGUAAAUAUCAAGUGUUCUUGAGUUUUAGAGGUGAAGACACCCGCAAGAACUUUACCGACCACCUCUACAAGGCCCUGAUUCAUGCAGGGUUUCACACAUUUAGAGAUGAUGAUGAAAUUCGGAGAGGAAAGAAUAUAAGGCUGGAGCUCCAGAAGGCAAUAAAACAAUCAAAAAUAGCGAUAAUCGUGUUCUCCAAAAACUAUGCUUGGUCGAAAUGGUGCCUCGAUGAACUCGUAAAGAUCAUGGAACGUAAGAGGAAUGCUGAAUGCAUAGUUUUCCCAGUAUUCUAUCAUGUGGAUCCAUCUGAAGUCAGAAAUCAAACUGGGAGCUUUGCUGCAGCAUUUGUGGAACAUGAAAAGCACUACAAGGAGAAGAUGGAGCGGGUGAAUGGGUGGAGGAUUGCUUUGAAGGAAGUUGCAAAUUUAGCUGGAAUGGAUUUAGGAGAUGGGUACGAGGCACCGUUUGUCCAAUCUAUUGUGGAGAAUGUCUCAAAGAAUUUGGAUCCAAAAAUAUUUUAUGUCCCCCUUCAUUUCAUUGGAAGAGAUGCUCGAGUACAAGAUAUCAACUCAUUGUUGCAAGAUGGAUCCCAUGGUGCUGCCAUUGCUUUACUCUAUGGAAUUGGUGGAGUUGGAAAGACAGCCAUAGCUAAGAGUGUUUUUAACCAGAACUAUUAUAAAUUUGAAGGAAAGAGCUUUCUAUCAAAUUUUAGGUCAAAGGAUAUAGUUUGCCUACAGAGGCAACUUCUUUUCGACAUCCUAAACAAGACUGUCGAGAUAAAUGAUGAAGAUGAAGGAAUUCUGAAGAUUAAGGAUGCAUUAUGUUGCAGAAGAACUCUUAUUAUUCUAGAUGAUGUGGACAAAAGGGACCAAUUCAAUAAAAUCAUUGUCAUGCAAAAUUUGCUUUGUAAAGGAAGUAAAAUCAUUGUAACAACCAGAAAUAAGGGUCUGUUUUCAGCUAAUGAUAUUCAGUGGAUCCGGUACAAAGUUGAACUGCUAGAUGAUGAAAAAUCACUUGAGCUUUUUGUUGGAAAUUUGGCAGAAAUAGAGAACAGAAAUUGAAGGGUUUAGGCUGCACACUCUCUAAUUUGGUAGAAUACAAUACAUAUGAAAAUGGUACUCUCACUCCUUUUUCAUUAUGAGAUUCAUACAAUAUAUAGACAUUAAUAGUUGCGACUCUUCAAUACUAAUAGUUGUAACUCUUCAAUACUAAUAAUUGUGAUCUUCAAUACUAAUAGAUGCAACUCUUCAAUACUAAUAA